CCGGCUGUAGGAGGCGGCCAUUUUCCCGGAGAACGGAGUAGCCGCCGAGACCCCUUUCCUCGGGAGGACAGGCCCGGAAGGGCUGAGAAGCAGGGGCUGCCUGGUGCCGCUAGCAGAGUGCCGGCCCCGCUGCGUGGCCGGUAGUGAGGAGGAUGUUUUCUUUUUCCAGCACGGUGCAGCCUCAGUUCACAGUUCCUUUGAGUCACCUGAUCAAUGCCUUCCAUACACCCAAAAGUCUAGCUCCAUCUUUCACCACAACAUCUACCCAGUGUGUGCAAAAGGAAGCAGCACCUGAAAAUGAUGUACAGAUCAGUGAGCCAAUACUUAAUCUACGAGACCUAGGACUGUCUGACUUGAAAGCUAGCCAGCUUGAUGAACUAGUGGACAGGCUACUUCCUGGCUAUUGUGUAGAAAACAAAAUCUCUUCACACUGGCAAACAUCGUAUAUAUCUGCACAGUCCUUCUUUGAAAAUAAGUAUGGUUUUGCGGAUGUAUUUAGUGUCUUACGCUCAUCUUACCCGUACAGACAGCAGCCUAGUCCUCUCCAGAGUUUAUAUUCCAAUCUUCAACGUUGGCCAGUUUUCAUUCAGUCUCGAGGUUUUAAAACUCUGAAAUCAAGAGCAAGGCGGCUGCAGUCCUCAUCAGAACGAAUAACAGAAGCAGAAAGUGUAGCUCCCUCAUUUGUAAAGGGCUUUCUACUGAGAGAUAGAGGAUCUGAGAUUGAAAGUUUAGAGAAACUGAUGAAAACAAAAAACAUACCUGAAGGUCAUCAUGAUGCCUUUAAAACUGGGUUUGCAGAGGGCUUUUUGAAAGCACAGUCACUCACACAACGUACAAAUGAUUCCUUAAGGCGAACCCGUUUCUUACUCUUUGUUGUGCUACUGCUUAGUAUUUAUGGUUUGUUUAAAAACCCACUUUUAUCUGUGCGUUUUCGCACAACCUCCGGGCUUGAUGCAGCAGUGGACCCUGUUCAGAUGAAAAAUGUCACCUUUGAACAUGUCAAAGGGGUUGAAGAAGCUAAGCAAGAGUUGCAAGAAGUGGUAGAAUUCUUGAAAAAUCCUCAGAAAUUUACUGUACUAGGAGGUAAACUUCCUAAAGGUAUUCUGUUAGUAGGACCACCUGGUACUGGCAAAACUCUUCUUGCCAGAGCUGUGGCAGGAGAAGCUGAUGUUCCAUUCUAUUAUGCCUCUGGAUCAGAAUUUGAUGAGAUGUUUGUUGGUGUGGGAGCCAGCCGUAUCAGAAAUCUGUUCAGGGAAGCCAAAGCAAAUGCACCUUGUGUUAUAUUCAUUGAUGAGUUGGAUUCUGUUGGUGGCAAAAGAAUAGAGUCUCCAAUGCAUCCCUACUCAAGGCAGACAAUAAAUCAACUCCUUGCUGAAAUGGAUGGCUUUAAACCUAAUGAAGGAGUCAUCAUCAUUGGUGCAACAAACUUCCCUGAAGCAUUAGAUAAUGCCUUAAUUCGUCCUGGCCGUUUUGACAUGCAAGUUACAGUUCCCAGGCCAGAUGUUAGGGGCCGAACCGAAAUUCUGAAAUGGUACCUUAAUAAAAUAAAGUAUGACGAGUCUAUUGAUCCAGAAAUCAUUGCAAGAGGUACAGUAGGAUUUUCAGGAGCUGAGCUGGAAAACCUCGUGAACCAAGCUGCAUUAAAAGCUGCAGUGGAUGGAAAAGAUAUGGUUACUAUGAAGGAGCUAGAAUUUUCAAAGGACAAAAUUCUUAUGGGUCCUGAGCGCAGAAGUGUAGAAAUUGAUGAUAAAAAUAAAACAAUUACUGCCUAUCAUGAAUCUGGGCAUGCCAUUAUUGCAUAUUAUACUAAAGAUGCAAUGCCAAUCAACAAAGCAACAAUUAUGCCACGAGGACCAACACUUGGACAUGUGUCCUUGCUGCCAGAAAAUGACAGGUGGAGUGAAACUAGAUCCCAGCUGCUUGCACAAAUGGAUGUUAGUAUGGGAGGAAGAGUAGCAGAAGAACUCAUAUUUGGAGGGGAUCACAUCACAACAGGUGCUUCUAGUGAUUUUGAUAACGCUACUCAAAUAGCAAAGCUCAUGGUGACUAAGUUUGGAAUGAGUGAGAAGCUUGGUGUCAUGACCUACACAGAUACAGGGAAACUCAGUCCUGAAACCCAGUCUGCAAUUGAACAAGAAAUAAGAAUACUUUUGAAGGACUCCUAUGAGCGGGCGAAGAGUAUCUUGAAGAACCAUACAAAAGAACACAAGAAUUUAGCAGAAGCGUUGCUGACCUAUGAGACUUUGGAUGCCAAAGAAAUUCAGAUCGUUUUAGAGGGGAAAAAGCUAGAAAAAGAGACAGAAGGAGCAAUGAAGUUCCCACAGAUGCAGGCAUACAAUCUCAGGGCUGAAUCUGACUCCUUUGGAAACCUCAAAGACUGAAGCUGAAUAGUAUGUUCUAAAUAUCCUUCCCUGGCUAACUGCUCCAUGUGGACUGGAAGUGUAGCAGCCUGCUCUGUUCACUCUUGUGGCUUGAGACACUUUGAAAUGCUACAGGAUUUACAGGUUGCAGACAAAUGACACUUCCAUCUGGUUUAAUACCAGAGGCCAAUUUAUAAAAUCUUCACUCACAUUUUAGAAAAAAAUGAAUUUAUUUAGCAGAUCAUACAGGCUUCAGGAAGUUGGGGACAGAGAUUGCUGUAACUGAACUGUAUUUUUCCCCACUGGCCUUCAUACAUAUGUCAGCGUUUGGUAACCCUAGGAGUAAAGUAGGAAGGCAGAGAAAUAAUGGGUUUCCCCUAUUUGGAGGCCUUUGUACCAUGCCAUAGAAGUUAAUAUUUUGGGGGGAGGGGACACAUUCCGUGGCUGGGAAAAACUGCCUUGGAAAAAUGAUCCUGUGAGGUAGUAUUGGGAAGAUGUUUCCCAUUUUAUUUAAGUAGUAAGGAAGUGUGACUGCAGAGCUUUGCUGCUGUCUAUACUGUUGGAUUUUUUAUGUGCCAUAGGGCACAUAUUGAAGAGUACUUACUCUUCUACUUGGCCCUUUUAGUCACAUUCUCCCCUUUCAAUAAAAAUAUUUUUCUGUUUGAAGUCUUCAGCCCUUAUAGACUAUUUUAUAACCAUAUGCUGCCCAAAUAUAAUAAAAAAUGUUGAAAUUGGGAUAGGGUGGGGGAACAAUUGGUAAUAAUAUUCAUAAUUUUUCCACAGAAUUAUUUUGUGGUCGCAUAGGCAAUUGGUGUAAUGUUCUCACAACUUUAAUCCCUGCACUUCUCAUUUUGAAAAGGUCUUUAAAAGAAGAGUGUUGUGCCAAGUAAUGGAAGAAAGUUGACAGUGAACUCCAUUUAAAUCUAGGGCUAACAUGGCACUUUGCUGUGAAUACAACUAUUUUUAAAUUGGUCGAGAGCUCCUUUUAUUUCAGCAAACUCAGUAUUUCAGCACAACUUUCAUUUCUUGCUUUUUUCGUUGUCAACCUAGUAACACAUGGGAGGACCUCAAGACCAUUUCGUUAAACAGAAUACCAAGCUGCUAGGCUGAGACGUUACAAAUGUGCUCUUUUGUAGUAAUACGCAGUCAAAGAUGUGCAUAUGAGGCAUGCAUGGCACCUUUUUUAAAAAAUAAAGAUUUGUUUUAAUUAUGCAGAAUGCUUUUUCCCCUUUUUUCCAACUGUAAAUUGCUUUAACUCUGGUUUCCCUCGUAUGUAAAUUGAGGUGUAUAAAACAUAUCUUAAACCUGUAAAUAAAUUUGAGAGUUAA